UCGUUUUAUGAUAAAGUGUUCGAUUCUCAUGGAUAAGGCAAGUUGAGUUAAUAAAACAGAUUCCUUCAAAGUGAUUCACGUACCGGGAUAUAUCAGCUCGUAAUAGCUGUGAAAUAUCGCAUCAAAGAGCGGUGAGAAAAGAAUAAAACAGCGACGUACACGACUAAAUGGAUAUACGUAACACGACCUCAGGUGUAUUAAAAUUCAUAUAUCUUAACACAUUGUUGGCUUCAACAGGCACAGAUCAGCGAAUCAAAAGGUAGAGCUGUUGGAACGCUUUUACAUGUACAAUGACAGUUAACCCUACUCUUGGACAUCUUUAUCACGAUUUCAGCAUUAGCAAUGCUUACACCGCACUGGACGUUCAGGAAAUUUUCAAAACGAGGCAAAGAAAUGCGCGCGAAAGACGCCAGCUGGACGACUUCACUAAACAUCUGAAGAAGGCACAAGAUAUCAACUUGCGCAGAAUGGAACUUGAAGAAAUUAUUGUCCGUCACAAGUUAGAGGACAUUAACCUCCGUACACCGUCACUUAGAAACGGACUGAAACAGGAGUCGCUAAGGAGAUCAAAGUCCUUCAGCGUCGUUAGUCGGAGCACGCUGUCGUCUGCUUUUCCCUCUAAGUGUACGUCUGCUGCUCUUUCCCGCAUCUCGGGCGCCUCCUCACAAACUUCCGGUGUAAGUUCCUCCUCAGUUGGAUCCAGUGACCUUCAGCUGUCCCGUAGUAAAUCUCAGAUGUACGUCAGAAAAGUGAACAAUGUCACAAAAUCUCUUUGCAAACUGUACGAGAAACAACAACGACGAAAAGUCGAGAGGGAAAUUUUACUCAGAAACGUAAGGAAGGAUAACGAAGAACUUUUACAGAAAUCCCGAGUGUAUUUCAAAGAAUCGGAUACAACGCAUAACUUAGAGAAAAUUCUCGGUAAUGCGUCCGAACAUGAUGUUGGCAAAAAAGAUCAAACAACUAGUGUCCCAGAUAUUGAGAAAAAGGAGACUGUGCCGCCGGAAAAUGUCUCAUUUCCUACUCUACCUAACCUUGCCGCCAUUACGAACAAGGUCGCUAGUGACACACCAUCAUCAGAGGCCCUUUGGUCACACAAGGCCCAACCAUCCAUGUCCGAGGAUUUUGACCUGUCUGAGUUCAAGGUCAAUGCACACAACAGGGGAACGAUACCGGAAGUGUGGCAGUUAUAUAGGCAGAAAAUGGCGGUCGAUGAGAACGAGAUCAGGGAACCUCUCCUAGUAACGAUUACAGCUCGAUAUAGACGGACAUUAGUGGAUUAGGAAAAGCAUGUGCAGUAAUAUAUUGUUCAGCUAGUCACACGAAUUUUUUUUUAUCAUACACUGUAAUAUACUAAUUAAUUAUCUUAUUCAUAAAUACAUGUACAACCAUGAAGUCAUUAAGUCGAAUGCUGUCUGAUGUGUUCAUACCAAUACGGGACUUUCGAGAUACGGAUCCACUCCGACUUUUAUCGCGCGUUGAACGUAAUUUGUAGGGUAUGUCACUUCCGGAUUACAUUAACAACUAAGUAAACAAGCAUGGAAUUCUUCAAUUGCUAUUAAAUUUCUGCAUUUAAAUGCCAUCUUUGAAAGAAAGGAAUCACUACAACCUUUAUUAUAGGAAAAUGCAUUUAAUUUAAAAUAUGUGAGUUGGCGAGGGAAAUACAUUUAGGGAAUACAUGUAUAUUGAGGAUAUCGAUAAAACUUCACGCCUUGCAUCGCUUGCUACGCGUCUUUAGAAAUGCACCUUUUCCCUUCCAUCUAAUUUACACCCAGGUACUAAGCACCAAUAGUGAUUUGGAUCGUCAUCUUGGGACUACGCGUGGCUCUUUACGGACCGUCUGCUAGCAAAACACCAUUUGUAUCGAUGUCAACUUUGCCCUAUAAUUGGUUAUUAUCACGUGACCGUGGUGUAUAAACGUCAAAUAUAAUCGGUCGUUCCGGCACAUUCCGAAAGUUCCGUAUUGUUAGGGCUUUCUUUACAUACUGAAUUUGACUAUAAUUAAUUACUCCAUUUAUCAUCGGCAUGCCACCGGUCGCGGUAUCUCAGUGGUAGAGCGUUCGCUUCGUAACCUGGAGGUCAUGAGUUUGAGCCCCGCUCGUGCCAUUGUCGCGUCAAACCUAAAACGUUAACAUUUGUACUAAUUGCUCCUUCGCCAAACGCUUGGCAUUAAGAAGUAAGAAUCACGGAUCUUUCGGAUAUUACAUAAAAGGUCACGGCAGGCGUUGACACAUUAAAGAACUCCCACUGCGCAUUACGGCCGCAAGAGCCAAGCACAAGUCUAAAUUUUUAACCUUCAACUGAGGACGUCUCAUUAUGAGUGAAAAAUUCUUGACGGAGCGUAAAACAACCAUACAACCAACUUCUCAAUUUACCUGAUCAAGAUAGAGGGUCCUCGGUGGAUGUGGCCGGUCAACAGAGGAUGCUUACUCUUCCUAGGCAUCUACAUCACACCUUUGGUGUUUCAAGAGGCCUGGGUUCGUCCUACUCUCAAUCAAAAAAGAAUAUCAUUCUUUUUAGGAUUAAUGAGAUUGAUCAGAGUUCGUUAUUUUCACCCUUUUUCAUGAUAAGUGUUGUAUAUUUUGAUCUGGUAAUUCCCUUUUCCCGUUCGUCUGCCAGGUUUACAUGUAACUGUCACUUGCAAACGAAUAUCUUUUGGAAACAUACUUAUUUGUCGUAUUAUUUAAAUUCUAUGAUAUCUGAACCGUGUGAAAUGUCUAAAUUUGGGCGUUCUCUAUUUUUUUCUUGCAUUAUGAACUUUUGAAAUAGAAUUUGAUAAAUAUGUUCAAACUAGAAUUUAUUUUUAACAAAAGCAAACAAAUAAAAAAUCGGCCAAAACAACUAAAAUCAACCAAUUUUCUUUUCCGCAAUACCAACAAUUUGUCACGACACUAGGUUCAUGUACCCUCUUGAAUUUAAUUUUUAUAAUGUUGAUUUGAUUGAACAGCAGGCAUUGUCAAUAUGCGCUCUCCAUACAAAAUACAUAGUCAAGGCCAUGCAGAUAGAGAAAUGUUUGAUUACGUGUUUGUAUAAAUACAGAAGAAUAAUAACGAUAAAACAUUAUUAUA